AUGUCCUUAGAUUUCAACGCUUUAGCCCAACAAUUUACUGAAUUCUAUUACAACCAGUUUGACAACGACAGAAGUCAACUUGGUAAUCUGUACAGGAAUGAGUCGAUGUUGACUUUUGAAACGAGUCAAUUGCAAGGUUCCAAGGAUAUCGUGGAAAAACUAGUUUCAUUACCAUUUCAAAGGGUUACACAUAGAAUCACCACUUUGGACGCGCAACCUGCCUCUCCUAACGGCGAUGUUCUUGUCAUGAUCACGGGUGAUCUAUUAAUAGAUGAAGAACAGAAUCCUCAGCGUUUCUCCCAAGUUUUUCAUUUGAUACCAGAAGGCAACUCUUACUAUGUCUUCAACGAUAUCUUCCGUUUGAAUUAUUCGGCUUAA